UUGACUUUGGCUUGCGAUCACAUCGAGCGCCAUGGAAACGUCGCAGCUCCUGCAGAAAGAACAGCGCAAGAAGGAUCGGUCCGUACCGCUCAAGAUCGCGGCGGUCAUCGCGUUGGGCCUCGUCGGGUCGUUUGGCCUCUACUCCCUCGCGACGUCCAGCCCCAACCAGCUGACAGCGACAGUGGGAACGUCGACUGCAGCAGUCCAACAGCAACAGGCGGCCAAGCCGAAGAACGUGUGCCUGACAUCUCGCUUCCUCACGCUCGAUCAACUCAAGACAUGCGUGCACUCGAUUCCAUACAACGCGACGGAGAAGGCGCUGGUCCUCGAGCACAUUCGCCGCACGUGGCCCAGCUAUGUGUUCACCGAGAUUUCGAAGACCCAGCAUGCGUUCGGACCGUACUCGUUGGCGGCUGUCGACGUGGCUGGUGCGUUGGCCGCCAUCGAAGCGACCGACUAUUCCAACGAUCUCGAGCUCCAAAAUGCUUUGUACAACGUAUUCAAGAAGCUCCAGGACGCCCAUACGAGCUACCACAAGCCGAGUGUGUACGCGCAGUUCUACGCUCUGCAGCCUGCGUCGCUCAUCUCGGUCGUGCGCGAUGGCAAACAAAUUAUCCAGUUUAGCAAGCCGGACGCGACCGAAGUCAACGUUUACCGCGAAUUCUUCCCCACCGACGCCCAUGAUUUCGACGUUGUCGGGUGGGAAGUCGUCGAGAUCGACGGCGAACCUGCGCUGAACGCUCUCCAAGCCUUCGCGGACGACCACGUAGGCAUCCUCAAGGAUGGCGGGACGCGCUUCAACCUGGCCGUGUCUGGCUUUGGCACGGGUCGUGGACAGUUUGUGUACCGCCCCCUGAGCUCGCUGGACUUGCCGACCAAGUCGUUUGUCGAGUACUCGGUGUACCAUGCCGCGACCAACUCGACCAAGACUGUCACGUACAACUGGAUUGGGCUCAAUGGAGUCGCCAAACCUGGUCGUGCUCCGCCGGCGAGCCACAACGGCAAGCUCGAGCACUACUUUGAACGGCUCGUCCGCCAUUUGAUCUACCACAGUUUGUUUGAACCGACGCCGGUAGUGUCGUACGAUGCGAUGGACAACUCGGUCGGGGUGCUCAAGAUUGCCGGGUUUUCUGCGAUCGGCGGCGACGACAACGGAUCGUUCACUCAAGACUUUUCAGCCAACGUGACGGACGCUUUAACUGAGUUCACCCUCACGAACAAGUCGACGUUGAUCUUGGAUUUGACCGGCAACGGUGGCGGCGAUAUUUGUUUGGGGUAUGCCACGAUUCGGUACUUGUUUCCCCAGCUCGACUUGCCCGGGCCGCGGGAAGGCGUUGGGCCCCACACGGAAGCUGUGUACCAUGUCCAAGCGAGCCCACUCGUAUCGUUGCUGGCGACGCAGGGCGAAGCAUUGCUCCGCACGGACCCCGGCAGCUGCUCGAGCGAAUUCUGCCCGAACCAGUGGUACAGCACGACCACGAAGCGCCAGUUCUUGGAUGCGUCGUGGGCGACGAACGGGGUGCGUUUCAGCGUUGGGGUUGUGGAGUUCACGUUUGGAUGCAGGUGGCCAACACUGUCCUGGGCGACGUGACCCAGGGCUUGUACUACGGGUGCAGCUCCUACAACGACUUCUUUCCGCCCCCAGGCGCCAAUUUCAAGGGCCUGUCGCCGGAAUAUGUGAUCCUUGUGUCGCACGGGUACUGCGGCAGCACGUGCUCUGUCUUCUCGAGCUUUAUUCAGGAGCACAACCUGGCCAAGACAGUCGCGUUUGGCGGGUACAAGGACGCGCCCCAGCAGUUCUUUUCGUUUCCGGGCGGCCAAGUGUAUAACACGGUACGAUUGCUCGACGAUGAUGGGAUGGAAGGUCAUGACUGGUGGUAGGGUGCUCUCUAUGACGAUGCCGUGGCGCUGGGCGUCGAGAUGAACCCGCUUGUACCUCAACCGUUGGCCAACAUCUCCGACUUGUACGCGGACGCGACAUUCAACUUUGCCUUGGUCGCCAUCUCGCCGUGGAAGACCGUGUGGAACGAGACCCUGCUUCCCCUCGAGUACACCUUUGUGCCUGCCACGUACAGCCCCGCCUUCCCCGGCAACCCUCUCAACACGACGUCCCUCUACCGCACGGCCGUCGACCUCGUGCGCGCGUCGGCCUAGCCUAGGUUUUCGAAAAAACUGUCGAGUGUGGAAAAAUCAUUGCAUGACCCUCAAUUAUAGCCAAUCCAUAUAAUGGAUGUGGAUAUAGACAGACUUCAUUGGCUGAAAAGAAAUGCAUUUCAAC